GUCACGCCGCGCGUGCGCAGUGCCCGCCGUUCCCCUGCCGGCCGGGCCUGCCCUGAGGAAGAGGCGGAGGAGCCCCGGGACGGGCCCGGGGUCGUCGGGAAAACCGGGAUAAAAACCGGGAUAAAAGCCGGGAUAAACCCGAGCUCAGCGCACCGCCACGAUGGUGUUUUACUUCACCUCCAACGCUGUUCCUGCAGUUUACACCAUUUACAUGGGCAAGGACAAGUACGAGAAUGAGGACCUGAUCAAGUACGGGUGGCCUGAGGAUGUCUGGUUCCACGUGGACAAACUCUCCUCUGCCCACGUCUACCUGCGGCUGCACAAGGGCCAGACCAUGGAUGACAUUCCCAAGGAAGUGCUGAGCGACUGUGCCCACCUGGUGAAGGCCAACAGCAUCCAAGGGUGCAAGCUGAGCUCGGUGACCGUGGUUUACACGCCCUGGAGCAACCUGCGCAAAACGCCCGACAUGGACGUGGGGCAGAUCGGCUUCCACCGGCAGAAGGACGUGCGGACGCUGACGGUGGAGCGGCGACCGUCGGAGCAGCUGCGGCGCCUGGAGCGGACGCGCGUGGAGCGGUUCCCGGACCUGGCGGCGGAGCGGGAGAGCCGGGACCGGGAGGAGCGCGGGCGGCGCCGGCAGCAGCUGCAGGAGCAGCGCCGGGCGGAGCGCGAGGAGCAGCGGCGGAAACGGGAGAUGGACGAGCUCAGGAGCUACUCAUCCCUGAUGAAGGCAGAGAACAUGUCCUCCAACCAGGACGGGAACGACUCCGACGAUUUCAUGUGAGGAUCCCACCCUGGCAGUGAUCCCAACGCCAAAAAAAAUUCCCUGGAAAACGAACUCUGGCUCCAGGCCCAUGGAAAUCCCUCGGAGCCCGCUUUUCCAAGGACAUUGGGAGGGAAUUCCGGGAAUGGGGGAGACAACAAAGCCUUGGAUCUGCCUCUGGAA